ACGGUAGUAGUUUCCGGUCGCCGGCCGCGUUUCAUUCGCAUAUCGCUUCUUGGCAUUAGUAUUUCAUGCAAAUUCAACGCACUGCACUGAAGUGAUUUUCAUUGUGUUCGUGACCCAUAUUAGCAUAUUGAUCCCGGUUGGGUAGAAAUACGGCCGACCGUUGGUUCCUCUGAACAAUCGCUCAGUACUGUACUAUAAUUGCAGCAAGCUUACACCGCUAACCAUUUGCAGCUGGAAUCAGAGCCAUGGCUGAAGGAAACGAUAAGUUUAGCGUUGUCGACUAUGUUGUUUUCUCUAUCAUGUUGCUUAUCUCGGCGCUGAUCGGGAUUUGGUAUGGCUGCGGACCGGGCGGAAGGCAAAAAACAACAGCUGAAUAUCUUCUAGCGAACCGUAAAAUGGGUGCUUUGCCUGUGGCAAUUUCUCUUCUGGUUUCAUACCUCUCAGCUAUCACUUUGCUUGGAGUUCCAUCGGAGAUUUACACCUACGGAGCUCAGUAUUAUGUGCUGAUUCUAUCCUACCCCAUCAUCUGUGGUACCAUGGCCAUUAUAUUUGUACCCAUGUUCAGACGUGUGAAGAUAACAUGCGCUAAUGAGUAUUUGGAACGGCGCUUCUCUGUAGGAGUUCGAAUGGUUGGUUGCUUGUUUUUCAUUCUGGAAUACACCCUGUAUUUGUUUGUUGUUCUGUAUGCACCUUCCCUUGCAUUGGAGGCUGUUGCUGGAAUUCCACUCUCUGCAUCCAUUCUCACGACUGGAAUUGUGUGCACAUUCUAUACCAGCCUGGGAGGCCUCAAGGCUGUGAUUUGGACUGAUGUUUUUCAGUCCAUGAUUAUGGUUGGAGGUCUUAUCACUGUGGUGAUAGUGGGAAGCAAUGAGGUUGGAGGUUUUAAUGAAGUAUGGAAAAUCAACAAAGAUUUUGACCGUCUUAACUUCUUUGACUUCAACCCAGAUCCCAAGGUUCGCAACACUUUUUGGACACUGACAAUUGGUGGGGCAUUUACCGCCAUGCCAGUUUGGACAGUCAGUCAGACAGCGGUACAGCGCUUUCUGGCCAUCAAGUCAUUCAAGCUUGCUAAAAGAGCGGUGUGGCUGAAUGUCCCUGGACUGAUCUUGAUUGUGACUCUCUGUUUUUUUGACGGACUGGUUAUUUUUGCCAACUAUGCUUUCUGCGAUUUACGAGUAGAAAAGAAAAUCACAAGCAAUGACCAGACUCUCCCGUAUUUUGUGAUAAACAAGCUUGGACACUUGAAAGGGCUGCCGGGAAUGUUUACAGCUGUCCUUUACGCUGGAGCUCUCAGCACUGCUUCCUCUGCUCUGAACGCCAUGGCCCUGGUCAGCUUGGAGGAUGUUGUCAAAAAGAAAGUCCCGGAUAUUACUGACUCUGAUGCUGCCAAGCUGUGCAAGAUUAUUGCUCUGACAUUUGGUGUGAUCGUCAUUGGAGGCGCUUUCGUCGUGAAGUAUGUUGGAACUAUGGUUUUGCAGUUGGCUUACAGCAUCUUCGGAAUCUGUGGUGGUCCAUUGCUAGGAAUAUUUCUCCUUGGAAUGUUUGUUCCACGCGCAAACUCAAAGGGUGCCUAUUUUGGUGUGUUCACCGGAGCUGCUCUAACCACGUGGGUUUUCCUCGGAUCCGUAUUGUUUCCCCCUAACAAAUACCCAGGUCUCCGCUCGGUUCGGGGAUGUGAGUUUUAUAUUAAUGCGUCACUUGCCAACAGCACAUAUCCUGAUGGCUCCUACAACAACGCAUCAGCCAAGAUUUUGGACCAGUAUGGAGAUGGAUUAAUCAGAAACGAAUUCAAAGGCCACAGUGCGGCCAUCGCUGAUUUCUACAGCAUGUCCUAUCUGUGGUUUAGUGCCCUGUCUGUUCUCACUUCCUUCACCGUUGGAUGCAUAAUGAGCCUCAUUCUUGAAACUAAAGAGGAUAAGGAGAAGGAGAUCGACCCUAAGCUACUGUUCCCGCUAAAGGAAUGGCUGUGGUCCUUCCUUCCUGGCCAUUCUUUCAAAUGGGACUUCGAAGAUGAGGAGGAGGAGGAUGAAGUGGUGCCUAUUCAUGAGGAUGAGAUCAAGGUCAACUGGGAUGACACUCCGCCGGUAGAUUCGAAAGGCAAACAGGAAAAACUCGAAAUGGGAAACUUGUACACCAAUAAUUUGAUGGAGAAUGGCAACAUGUAAUGACACGUAAUUUGAACAACCGCAUUUACAAUUUCAUUGCCGUUUCCAACUCCAUAUUUUUAUAAUUGCUUUUGAAGUUAAGUUAAAGCGUUUUUUGGGCUAAUUACCGUCAUUUACCUUUGUAAAAUUGUUAGUGGUUGGAGUAAAGAAAGACGGCCUUUAUGUCGAUAGUAACCUUAGAUAGUGUUGUGAACUGGGACAAGAAAAUUAAAAAAACCAUAACAUUAAUGUGUUCGCCUCAGAAUUGAAGUAUAUCACCCUUGAGGUUUGGCCAUUUAAUUUAGACGAAAAAUGGCUAUUUUCUUCAUUUCUCUGUGUUAGUAUUUAAACUUGCUAAUUCCGACGAAAAAGUUUUAAAUUCAGCGAGCAUUGCAGAUUAGUGUGAGAUGUUUUUGACUGUCAUGCGUUUGGUAAUCUGUUAAGACAGAUCACAAUUUUUUGCAUUAAAAAAUUAAAAGGUCCAAAGUUCUCAUGUCAUUUCCUAGAUAAAGAAUGAAUUGAAUUUAAAUAAACAACUUUGAUACGUUAAUUUUUGAUGUAUAAAACAAUUACAGAACGAGACGGAAAUAGGCUACAGCAACGCAAGUCAUAUAAAUAAAAUUAUAUAAAUUUUGUGAUAUUUACUCAUUUUCAACGAUGUUUUUCCCAGUAGAGAAUUGACUUCGAUGGUCUUUUAUCUUGGGGGCAACAACAGAAUAAACAGUACGAAAUCUGUAA